AUGACACUAGCCCUUUUCCGUAUCAUCGAAGCAGACAAGGGAUCGAUAAGAAUUGACGGUUUGGAUAUCGCAUCAGUUGGUCUGCAUCAGUUGCGAUCCAACAUUACAAUAAUACCUCAAGUUCGUUACACUCUUCACCUUGCCCACAAUUACGUGCAUUCACUCGUCAAUUCUGCGUAA